CGUCGUAAUUAGAGGCUUGCGCAAUUAUGCACGAGACCCUCCUCUCUACUGGGUGUCGUUGUACCGUCAGCUGACUCUUUGUAUUUGCUCUCUAGACAGCUCAUCGAUACACGACCUUGUAGUAGCACACAUGAAAAUGUUUAGAGUGUGCAUUCGGGUUGUUAUUGUCGUUUUCUCUGCUUUCCAGAGCUUUGCAAGCGCUCUGAUCGUGAUCAAGGGAGUGCGGUCAGUUCGCAUCGGAGAGAAAGAGUACAAUAUCACUUGCACGUCGUCGAAUUCUGCAGAUCUCGUUGAAUGGAGACAAAUACGCAAAGGGCAAUCGGUGCCAGUGAAAUCGUGCUCGAAGGAUGGUAUUGCUGCGGGUGCAGUUUGUACGUGUAGCUGCGGAAAGAUUAGUGCAAAAACGUUGCGAUUCGGUUCAAUCACCUUCAACUCUGCUGGUCUAUUUUGUUGUAUUCAGCGACAAAUUGAUGGUCUUCGACUAGAUCGAGAAUUGGUCAAGAAUGUUAGCGUAUCGAUCGACACCGUAGCAGGAGAACCACCUACAUGGCCGUCCAAUCAGGAAUCAGUGACGCGAUGGCUAAACGAGAAUGGUCCGGACGCAAGUGAUAGAUUGAGCUCACACUCUGACUUUCAUCACACAACACAAGCUGGUUCAUCAACUUCCUCUUUUAUCGAUGACCAAAGACAGAGCUCGACGUUUGGUCCCGUCGUCUUUGUUGUUGUUCUGAUUGUCAUAUCUGUUCUAAUGACGGCAGUUUGGCUGUGUUUGGUUGUGGUUUUUCUUUAUCACAAAUGGUGUAAGAGGACAAGGUCAACCAGACAAGAAACAGAGGUAGAAAUGGUGGAUAAUAAUGUGCAUCAAAUUUAAAGUGAAAGUAAGACUACUUCUCAAGAUACUCGCGCAUCUACCUAGCUAGAUGCUGCCUAUGAUAGAUAGUACAACGUGAGUUGCACAUGGUCAUUAAGAUCUGUAAAUUCCUAAAUGAUAAAAAGGUUUCUAUAGUUGCUGUUAAUAUAACCGUACUGUUGCAUUGCUUUGUCUUUGUUCAUUUAAUAUGGCAGUUAACUUACGCAAACUGAUUAUAUUCACUAGUGCAAUAUGGGCUGGGGUAAUUAAUUAAAUUCGAUGAUUGCAUGCAUGCAUAUUCAAAUGCUUUGUUGCAUGCUGCACCUGUUUCACAUGCAUGUAUGUCGACUUCCUUGCUAUACUGAUAGGCUUCAGAGCCCAGAAAGCGGAUUAUAACCUGAUAAGACGAUGCAGUGAGCAUACCAGUUACCCAACUGUUUGUCAAAUACAACAGGCCAUUACGACUUUGCUGUACUUAUACCUUCCUAGAUACAUAGAGGUACAGUACGACUGAGCUAGAAGCUCGAGACCAAUGGCACAAUCCACUUCAUGCGCUAUAUUCUUCUUCUUGGUGUCGCGCGCGUACUGUGUAUAGCUAGAAAAGAGCUAUAGCUAGCUUGUUCAAAUACCUAGCAUUAACAGUUAAAUACAUGUAAGUGCUAGCAUUGUCAUUAGUUGCAGCUGUAUAAUAAAAAGCAUAAUAAUUCUAACGUAAGAGAGCAGAAACACGUACAGAUUUUUGUGAUGUCCUAAUAAUUAAUUAAUUGACAUAGCUAUCGUUUACUAUGUACUGCAACGAUACGGCAAAACAAACUAUAAUAUAGCUAGAUAAACAAUCUGCUACCAGUACCAUAUAAACUAUAGUUUUACUAAGAUGUCACAGCUUUGAGUUAUUACUAGUUAAGUGAAAAGCUCAAUGGCUAA